GUCACAUCUUCUCAGAUGACUUCUUUAUUCCCUUCUUCUUCAGCUGAGAAAAAAACCCUAAUUCCAAAACCAUCAAUGGAUUCUCUAAUAAAGAAACAAAAAUUGUACCCUAGCUCCAUCAACCCAUUCUAUAAGUUGCCCCAUGAAACCAUCGUGGAAAUCCUCUCCAGACUCCCCAUCAGAUCUGUAAUUCAAUUUACCUUUACCUGCAAAACCCUAUACCCCCUUUCCGCCGAUCCCCUUCUUGUCAAACUACACCUCUCUAGAUCUGAAAAUUCCUAUCUCAUCAUCCAUUCUAAGAACCCCCUCAAAACCCACCUUUAUUUUCUUCAACUUUCUGACCAGAAAGUGUACGAAUUUGAAACCCCAUUUGCCUCUUCCAUGUCAGAAUUUAGCAUCAUCGGUUCAUCCAAUGGUCUACUUUAUCUAAUCGAUUCUCUAUUCCCACAGCAUACGUAUCUUUACAAUCCCUUCACAAGGGAGUACUUUGAGAUUCCAAUUAAACAUGAGAAUUGUGGUCAAAUUGUUAUCCAUGGAUUUGGAUUUGAUCCUGUUGGUUGCGACUAUAAAGUUGUAAAGAUUGCAUAUUGCCGGGAUAGGUAUACUUAUCAUGUUAAGGAUGAGUAUCAAGGGCAUAUACGGCCUUUACCAUCAAUAAUUGAGGUUUAUAGUCUACGUAGAAACAGUUGGACAUAUAAUGGGAUUGUUCCCUACAUAUUAGAGACAUGGUCAUCUCCAGGAGUUUUAGUGAACAACAGGCUUCAUUGGGUGACCGUAUGGGUGAAGAAGCCCAACUGGCAAUGCCACAAGCGCUUGAUUGUGUCAUACAACUUGGUUGAUGACACAAUUGAUGAAAUGGCUUGUCCUUGUUCCAAUUCUAAUUAUAUAUUUGAUAGAUUGAUUAUCAGUCAUUUGGCAGUAUUGGACAAACGCCUCUGUGCUUCGUUGCCAAUGUUAGACCGUGAUGCAUUUGAUGUAUGGGUUAUGAGAGAGUAUGGGGUGGAUGAGUCGUGGGUGAAGGAGUACUCCAUAUGUAUUAACUUUCCGUGGUCACUAAUUAGGCAUAUUGAGCCACCACACCAUAUUUGGCAGAACAGGUUUGGAAAGAAUAUGGUGAAGGUAUUGGGCAUCUUGGAGAGUGGAGAAGUCAUUUUGGAGUAUGUAGGAGAACGUUUGGUUGCAUAUGAUCCUUGUAAUAAAAGCUCCAAGGAAUUGAAGUAUAAUGGAAUGCCGAGAAUAUAUCAGGCAAUGUUUCACAUCGGCAGCCUUGUGUCUCCACAUUUGGUAUUUAUACGCUCAAUUAUCCACAUUUGGAUAAAUCGGGUACGGACACUAAUGAAGCAGAGCAUGAGACACCAUAGCACUGUCUCAAUGGGUCAAAGGUGAAAAAUGUGAUAAUAGAUAGGCUUUGCAAAUCAAUAUGUGUACCAUUUGUCAAAUUAUUACAACUAGUAUGUUUAACUAUUGUGUUAUUACUAGUGUAUUCUAAAAAAGGAACAUAUACUUUGGUUACAUAUGUGAUAUCA